UUGCUGUCAUCAAUACGAUUUUUACUUCUCUGAUGGAGCUCCACAACAAUUCAAAAACAAGAAAGCAUUUACAAACUUAUGUUAUCAUUAUGCUGACUUCGAAAUCAACGCUGAGUGGCAUUUUUUUGCAACUGCCCAUGGCAAAGGACCAUGCGAUGGUCUUGCGGGUUCAUUAAAACGAUAUGCUGCUAGAGCUUCAUUACAAAUGAACAAUAAAGAGCAUAUACUGAAACCACAAGAUUUGUUUUCCUGGGGAACGAAAAAUUUUACAAGCGUUGACUUUACUUUUAUAGCUAAUGACGAUUAUUUAAUAAAAAAAAAUGUGUUAGACGUACGAUAUUCUCAAUCGAAAACGGUGAAAGGUACACAGUCAUUACACACUUUUGUGCCUUUAAAAGAUGAAAUUGGUUAUGCUUUCAUUAAAACUGUGUCCACAUCUCAAAAAAGUUCAAAAAUAAAAUACUCAGAAAUUUUGAACCACCUGCUUAAAAGAUGAGUCUAUACUUCGUCACUUAUCAUGCAGAUGGCGCUCACAACUCCCUUUAUUUACUUUCAUUUUGUGAUUCUUUCUUGAGCGAUUUCUUUUCGGAUCGUUUGUUCUUGACAAAAAUAUAAUUGCUCAAGUUUUUAAGUAAUAAUUAUUGCGUUACUUUGAUAUUUCAUCGCCAUGAGUAAACGUAUACGGUCAGUAAAUUGUUGUAAUCCAUUCAAUGAGUCACAUAAAAAAGGAGUUAAAGAUUUAAGAAAAUUUCCCGACGAAGAUCGUUGGAAAUUUCGUGACCUCAGAGGAAGAGGAAAUUAUUUCAAGUCAAAUUAGUGAUGAAAGUCUGAGUAUAUCAGCUGAAAUUUGUACUCAAGGAAGCAGUUUAUCUCGAACUGUCAGUAAUUUUAGCGACAAUCUAUGUGAUUACAAUGAUCAUUCUUUAGAGCGAUUUUUGAAAAUUCCUCUUAUUGAAAAAGACAGGUUAUAUUCUGAAAAAAAUUAUGGAGUAAAAAAACUUGAUGAGAGCUAUGCUGCCCUAGAGAAUAAGUUCCAAUCACAAUUUGGAAUAGUACCUGAAUCUACCUACGGAAAGAUUAAUCAAGAUCAUUGCUCCAUGAUAGCUAAACUGAAGAAAUUAUAUAACGCUGAAAGUGACAAAUCAAUAAAAAAGAAGCUGCUUUCAAUUUUACCCGACAGUUGGGAAGUCAGUCGUAUAGCAUCUGAAUUUAACUGUUCUCGAAAAAUGGUACUGAAUCUUAAAAAUGAUAUCAGUGAAUCUGAGAAUGUUGAUUUUGACUCUGGUGAAAUGACUACUAAUACUUUGAAUCCCACAAAAGUUCCAGGCAAUCAGCCGCUUAAGUUAGAUGUAAAAAAACUUGUCAUUGAUUUUUAUGAAAGCGAAGAAAACUCAAAACAAUUAGCGAGCAUGAAAGAUUUUAAAUCUGUGAAGGAUUGUGAUGGAAAUCGAACUAGGGUACAAAAAAAGUUGACUCUUUGUAAUUUAAAAGAAUUGUACCAAAGCUUCAAAGCGCAAUAUAAUUCAGUGGCAAUCGGAUUUUCUAAAUUCGCUAGUUUGAGGCCUACUUAUUGUAUUCUUGCUGGAAGUAGUGGUACACAUGUCGUAUGUGUUUGUACUAUUCAUCAAAAUGUAAAAUUGAUGUUAGAAGGAUGUAAUUUUCCAAAAUUUGCGAAAAACACCGAUUGGGUUGUAGAAUCUCAGCCAAUUUACAAAAAUUUAUUAAAUAAAUUAGUUUGUAACAAUCCAAAAGAAUCGUGCUUUUCCAGAAUGUGCAAUAGUUGUCCAAAUAGUGAAGAAAUCGCUGAUUAUUUUCGUGUGUCGUUUAAUGAAUCUGAUGUUAAUGAAAUCCAAUAUAAAAUGUGGACAUCAACAGACCGUUGUACUAUUGUGAAUGUUACUUCAGAUUCCGAAGACUUCAUCGAGACUUUAGUGACGCAACUUGAUAAGCUUUUGAAACAUGAUUUUAUUGCGAAAACACAGUCGAUUUUUUUCUGAUACAAAACUAAAUUUAAAGAGCGGGGAAUUCGCCGUAGUAUUUGACUUUUCGGAAAAUUAUGCAUUCGUUGUGCAGGAAGCAGCUCAAGGCUUUCAUUGGAACAAUGAUCAAGCUACUAUAUUUCCAAUGGUGAUUUAUUAUAACGAAAAUGAUACUAUUAAGCAUUUGAGCUUUGUUGGUAUUUCAGAUUGUCUUAAGCACGACACAGUUUUAAUUUAUUUAUUUCAAGAGCAAUUGAUUGCCUUUCUUAGAAAGAAGUUUGCUGUCAUCAAUACGAUUUUUUACUUCUCUGAUGGAGCUCCACAACAAUUCAAAAACAAGAAAGCAUUUACAAAAUUAUGUUAUUAUUAUGCUGACUUCGAAAUCAACGCUGAGUGGCAUUUUUUUGCAACUGCCCAUGGCAAAGGAUCAUACGAUGGUCUUGCGGGUUCAUUAAAACGAUAUGCUGCUAGAGCUUCAUUACAAAUGAACAAUAAAGAGCAUAUACUGAAACCACAAGAUUUGUUUUCCUGGGGAACGGAAAAUUUUACAAGCGUUGACUUUACUUUUAUAGCUAAUGACGAUUAUUUAAUAAAAAAAAAUGUGUUAGACGUACGAUAUUCUCAAUCGAAAACGGUGAAAGGUACACAGUCAUUACACACUUUUGUGCCUUUAAAAGAUGAAAUUGGUUAUGCUUUCAUUAAAACUGUGUCCACAUCUCAAAAAAGUUCAAAAAUAAAAGUAUUUUAAUUAUAAUGAA